AUGGGUCCUCCAAACACUGCCUCGCGUCCCCAAUCCAACAUAUCGGCCAUCGUCAGGUCGAUCAUCAACAUCAGCAAAGCACUCGUCAUCAACGCUUAUACGGCCCUCUAUGCAUCUUUCAAUGCCGUUCUCCCACAGCAGAAACGGGCAGAGAUCCGAGCCGAUCUCACAGCCUUCGCUCGGGCGCGUCCAAUCCUCGCCUCGUUCUUAGCUUCCCAGACCUUCUUCUGCGGAAUUCCAAUCUUCCUAUUCGUUAUCCAGACGAUUAGCGUGUUGAUAUUCUCUUUCACCACCGCACUGGUCCUUGCCUCGAUUUGUGCAAUUACAUUUACGGCCAUCUGUACCGGACUGGCAUUGCUGGUUCUCGUGCCUGUUUUGGCCCUCACAGCCUUCGCCGGCGUCUCGGUUUGGUGUUGGGGAUGGGUGGGAUGGUGGGCUCUGGUGUCCUUUGGCUUCGUGCAGACUGGGCCUCCGCCAAAGAGAGGCGGUGCCGUGAGGAGUGAGGAGAAUAUGCCUAUCGGAAGAGAGAGGCCGGUUGACGGAUUCAACGGCAUCAAAGUCCAAAAGGACGCAAUCCCAACUUCUUAA